AAUUUUAGAUUUCAUACUAGAGUCCGAAUGGAUUUACAUUUGAAGAACCUGUUUGAUAGAUUCCAGGAGCAUUUUGGUUCCGGUCUUGGCCUCGGUCCUGGAUCUGGGACAUGCCUUACGAAGGUGGAAGGCAUUUCUUCUAAUUUUAUAAAGUCACUAUUUAAAGCCUCUGCAGCCCUAUAUAGCCCUGGACAUCUGUUUCGUAUCCGAGUCGGGAAAGAUUCAGAUUGGUAUGGGAAAAAACAGCCUUUUCCUUGUUCCCAGUUCAUUGGAGCUGGUGGGAAUAUUGGGUUUUAUAUGUUUAGAUCUGAAAAUGAUGCUAAGAGGAUGACAGGAUCGAGGGAGACAAUUCGAGUUCCAAAUGCUGAGCUUUUGAGGGUUAUAUAUGAGCUUGAGAAGUUAAUGUUUCCUUCCAACCGCAAGAUGAUCAAGUCAUUGUCACUGGAAGCCUCUGGGAACGAUCGGUUCCCUGUUAUUGAUGUCACACGCUGCACGUCUUCAGGUGAGCUUCAGUUUAGGAAUCCUACCCUGGAAGAACUAAAGUUUGUCUAUGCUUUCAUGAGAGCCAUUUCUCUGGUGCACCCAUUGCUUCAGGCAGAUAAAGGUGGUGGUUCAAACUGGACAAGGUUGAUAUGUUUCGACCCCUUUAUUGAAACAGUUGACAUUCAGUGGCCUCUAGAAAUAGCUAAAGGUCAUGAACUUGUUGAUGUUACAAUCUCUCAUCCACCUGGUCAGGCAUAUGAAGAGAAGACGAGUUCAACAGCCAGCUCAACACCAACCAAGUAUGCAGAGCCACCAGAUGAGGCCACCUUCAUGGAUAUUAAACUCAAAUUCCAGCUCAAGGUAUUGUGCAAUGUGUGAGAAAGAAGUUAAUGGAGAACAGUCUCUCUGCUGCGGACGAUGUCGAGCAGUGCUCUACUGUACUUCUCUAUGCCAAAAGCAGCACUGGAAGGAAUCACAUAAAAGCAUGUGUGGUCUGUACAAAGCUAUGAUGG